GCUGUUGCAAUAAUUCAGUCGCAUGCGCGUCCUCCUCCACGCUCGAUCUCAAUCUUGCUGCUCGCUAGAUUGGAAUUAAAAAUCAGUCCCAUUCCGCGUCGAGCAGCGCGCCGGCUCACAACUCUCGCAUUCGGCGAUAAUUCAGUAUUGUCCAGUGCGUCCAGUGAUGUUACCAUGCAGGAUCCUCGGCACACGAGCGCCUGCCAUUCCUGCCAAGUUCUUCUUCGGCAGGAUUUUCGAUGCUGCCGGCGUGGACACGCUGCAGAAGAGGUAUCAUUCGGUGGAGAGGCUUGAAAAUGCUUACAGGAGGAGCAGAGAUAAGUGCAAAUCGAAAAAACUGCCAAAGGAUGUGAAUGUCCAGGCGGUUUUCGCUUGUAAUGAGCUGGACUUGAAGGAAGUCAAUGUGUAUGGUUUUGAUUAUGAUUAUACUCUGGCAUGUUACAAGCCUUCCAUGGAUUAUCUGCUCUACAACCUGGCCAGGCAGACAUUAAUAGAACAGUACAAGUAUCCAAGAGAAAUCGAAAAAUUAGAAUACAAACCAGGAUUUGCUGUUCGUGGCUUACAUUAUGACAUCGAAAAAGGCGUCCUGUUGAAACUGGACUCUUUCCUUCAAAUCCAACUCGGUUCAGUUUAUCGUGGCCUCCAGGCGCUCUCCGAUGAUGAAGUUCUUCGACUCUAUAAGAACCGCAUCAUCCCGAUUGCAUAUGUCGAAGGUAACACCAAAUCGGCGCAGGGUACCCACUCCAAGAUGGUGCAGCUCGCCGAUCUGUUCUCGGUGCCUGAAAUGACGCUGCUCUGUAAUGUGACGGAUUAUUUCGAAAAAAAUCAUAUUGAUUAUCAUCCGGAGAUUCUUUUCAGGGAUGUGAAGAGCUCCGUGAGGAGUUCGCAUCCUGUUAUGCACAAAGUAGUCGCGCAGAAUGUUUCCGAUUACAUUGAGCAUAACAAGGAGUUGAGGGAUUUCUUCAAUCGGUUGAAAAACGCAGAUAAGUUGUUUUUGGUCACGAAUAGUCCGUAUAAAUUCGUUAAUAAGGGCAUGGAACUACUGGUAGGUGAAGAUUGGAAGGACUAUUUUGAUGUAGUGAUUGUCCAAGCGCGUAAACCCAAGUUUUUCACGGAUGAAUCGCGACCAAUUCGAGUUUACGAUGAGAGAAGUGGUACUCAUAUUUGGGACCGCGUUCAUAAACUUGAAAAAGGUACAAUUUACUAUGAAGGAACAGUGAAACAACUGCAGGAAUUGACUGGGUGGCGUGGACAUCAAGUGUUAUACUUCGGUGAUCAUCCAUACAGUGAUCUGGCAGAUGUUACAUUAGAACAUGGAUGGCGGACAGGCGCAAUCAUCAAUGAACUCGAGCAUGAAAUCGAGACGUUGAACAAUCAGCAGUUCAAACAAAACGCCAAUUGGUUGCAAAUGCUCACACAACUCAUUGAAGAUCACCAGGAUAGUGAGGGUGAAGCAGAACAACAAACUUUAGCAAAAUGGAUGGCGGAAAGAGAUCAAUUAAGAGAUGAUAUAAAAUUCGUCUUCAAUAAACAAUUCGGCAGCGUAUUCAGGACGUAUCACAACCCGACGUACUUUUCAAGACGUCUCUUCCGAUUCGCAGACAUCUACACGUCGAACAUAACGAAUCUACUCAAGUACUCCGUCAAUCAUACGUUUUAUCCGCGUCGCGGCGUCAUGCCGCACGAGUACAUUUCCUACUUUGUUUAAUUUAUUCUCGCUUCUAUAUAUUUAAUGCGUCGCAGAUCCACGUGUGACGGCCGUCAACAUUUCUCUUUUAAUUUUAUUUAAUCAUAGCGAUCAUAGCCGGCUGUCAACUUGUAUAGUGUUGAGUAAACUAUUAGAAGUCCUAGAGAUAUGAUAUAGUGAAGAGAAUUGCUAGCUAACAAGCGUAAAACUGUUUCUUUGUUGUGUGACAUUGUCUGCAAUUUGUGCGCAGUACACUCGAGUUACACUUGAAUGUAAAUUAUAUUGUUUACGAUUUAUUUAAAGCCUGGCAACUAUACGUAUACGAACAAGUAGAGUAUAAUGUGUUCAUUUUUAUGAUUCAAUCAGAAUGAGACGGAAUUAAGCAAAGUUUGUAAAUGAUGAAGUGAUGGAAGUCAAUUGAGGGAUAGUAUUGAUAAGAAGUGCUCAAAAGUGCCUGAUUUUUGGAGGCUGUGUGCUUUUCGUAUGUCUAUUAUAAAUAAAACGCCAUUUCAGUUGUAA